CUCCAGAAAUUUUUAAGAUGAGUUCCUUUAAAACUUUUGCGGAAAAAUUCACUGAAAAGAUAGACGUCGAGUUGAAAUUAACUUUGAAUUCAUUCUCGAACUUCGAAGCGGGAAUCACGGAUUGGAACGAAGUGAAUUUUUUCUCGGACGUCCAGGAGCUUCUGGAGGACACUAAGCUGAGAUGUGCGGGUCUUUCUGGACACGUUUCUCGGUGGAACGACUUCCAUGAACUCCUGGUGAAGCACAUCCGCCGAAGCAAGGGAACUGAGGGAGUUUUAAACGAUUUGCAUACCAAGGCUUACAUAUUUUACUCCUCAGUGGUGUAUUUACUCCAGCAACUUCCGAGUUUGGCACCAGACAGCCAGCAUUUGGAAUUUUCCCAAUUUUGUAAAGGGUUUAAAAUGAUGAGGGAGAACAAUAUUCUUUUUAGGUCGGAAGGAGAGUAUAAAAAUAAUACUAAAGACCUGACCGGGUAUUUUGAAGAAAUAUUCAAAGUUUGGAAGACCCCUGAAAUCAAAAAAUUCUGCGGUAAAAUUCCGUCCCCCCGCGCUGGAUUGUUGAGAUACUUCAAAGUAAUUUUAUCAAUCCACCUCCGGAGAUUUAUAGUCUCUUAUUUCGGCAACGCAGUCUGUACUCGAAUCACAGCUAAGAAAGAAACUGAAAUUCUCGAGCAAUUCCUCAACGAAUCAAAGACUUACACCACAUUAAUGCAAAUUGCUCUGAAAGAUUUAAGCCAUUAUGUCUUCGAUUGUCCGCCGAAAAUUAAAGAAAGAGACCAGGAGGCCUUAAAAAUCCAGUUGGAAAGCCUGAUAAGGAUAAAAAUCAUCCCCGAGACGAGUCUGAGCAGUUCUGCGAUGCCCUGCAAACACAAUUGUGACCUCCAAAGCAUUGGAAGUUCUCUAAAAACAUACGAAUGCUCAAAAUAUCUCGAUUGUCGGUAUAUUUCCACUGGAUAUGAUAUUUGUCUAUUGAAUAACAGUUCAAGAUCUUACGAAUGGAUAAAAGAUAACGAGGGAAAUAUCUAUGGUAAGAGUCAACACAGUAGAGCGCACAAAGUGUGUCAAGGGACUACUGUGACCUUAAAUAGAGAGUACACGUGGUACAAUGGAUAUUUCUGUGAUUACUGUGUUUGUACGUGUGUGGAAAAACCUAAAUGGACGAGCCGAAUAAUCACUGCGAUAAGUUUCCGUGAUCAACUAUCUGACGUCAAAAAUAACAGCGUCGUAGUUGGAGUGAAGUUCGUGAAGAAAGAUUUUAUGAUCCACGUGCAGAUAAAAGAAGGACAACUUCUGCCUUACGGAGAAAUUAAUUUAACAAGAUGGAAGGAUCUCGAGGCCUUUGACUACUCUGAAGAAAAUGGCUGCUUUUAUUUGGACAGUUCCUCCGCAGAUUCUAAAAACCGGGUGAUGACACCUGGAAGAGACUAUGGACCUGCUGAGAAAAUUAAUUUGGACGACCUGGUGGCCCCACCAGGGUACCUGGUCACCGGAGUGAGGUUCAGGUUCGCUUGGGAUUCACGUGCUUGGCCCCUUCUUAGGCGCGGGACCACUCAGCUGGAGAUCCAAGCAACAAAGUUUGAUUUUGUUCAAGGAAAACUUUUUGGAAAAUCAUUCUGGGUUCCCGCAAGUUCAAUGUCAAAGAAAUAUUUGGAGCUGGAGAACCCAGAUGACCCUAGCAAAGCUCCCGAAGAGCUCCAGGAAGUCACUUCAGGAAAAACAGUCAAGUUCCGAGCCUCAGACUUCGAAAAAGACGCCGGGCAGUCGACAGUGCCUUUCUUCGAUGGCAGAAGCCUGGAAUUUUCACCUCCAGUUCCCCUCCAGGGCCUGGGACUCUUUCACCGUGGACACAAGGGCUUUGGAGGAUAUCUCGCCUUUCGUGCGGUCGAUCUUAAUAUGUUCACUAUUUUUUCUGACUAUUCAAAUUUUGUAAAGAAUUUUGAAUAAAAGCAAAAUUUUCAAUUUA